UAGGCGGCUCUUAUAGGCUCCGAGGGGUGCCAGUCAGGAGUGCCUGUUCUCCGCCCUCUAGUGCUCCAUCCUGGCCGGCAAAGGCGCGCUCGUGCGCUCGCCACUCGCUGGUUUAAUCGCCGGAGCUACAAUCGGGACUGAUUGGGAAGCGAGCGGGCGCUGCUCCGCUGCUGACCCGCUGCCGCCCGCCUAGUCGCGCCGGCCGGGCCCCGUGAGCCAUGGUGCCGGGGUUGUCGCCCGCGGGCUGCCGCCUAUGGGCCAGCUGUGCCUGACCGGCUGCCGCCGCCUCCCCGAUGCCCCCGGCGCCCCUGCCUCGCAGCCGCUGCUCCCGCCGGGGCGAAGGAGGCUGCUUCUGUUGCUGCUCUUCAUCAUGCUCGCCUUGUGGCUCUGUAUGGUCUACUCGUGCGCCGCCGGAUCGUGCGCUGCCGCCGCCGCCGCGCCGGGGCUGCUUCUGGUGGGCUCUUCGGCCCCAGCCCGGCGGGCGCACAGUCCAGCGUUGCUCUCCAAGUUGCUGCUGCUACGGACGCCAGGCUCGAAGGGCCAGCUGAGCCCGGAUCAGGAGGACGACGACGACGAAGACGACGACGAGGAGGACGACGCGGGCAGCAACGGGGCAGCCCCGGAUUCCCUCAGCCCCAUCACCAGCUUCCUCAACGGCUCCGGCACCAAGCGGCUGCCCCAGGCGGUGAUCAUCGGCGUGAAGAAGGGCGGCACCCGGGCGCUGCUCGAGUUCUUGCGGGUCCACCCGGACGUGCGGGCGGUGGGCGCCGAGCCUCACUUCUUCGACCGCAACUACGAGCGAGGACUCGCCUGGUAUAGAGAGUUGAUGCCAAGAACUCUUGAUGGGCAGAUCACCAUGGAGAAAACUCCCAGCUACUUUGUCACCAAGGAAGCACCGGCUCGCAUCUCUGCCAUGUCAAAGGGCACCAAGCUCAUUGUGGUGGUGAGAGACCCAGUCACCAGAGCCAUUUCGGACUACACGCAAACUCUUUCCAAGAAGCCUGACAUCCCCACCUUUGAGAGCCUGACCUUCAAAAACAGGACUACAGGCCUUAUUGAUACCUCCUGGAGUGCCAUCCAGAUUGGCAUUUACGCCAAGCAUCUGGAAAACUGGCUCCUGUACUUCCCCAUUGGGCAGAUCCUUUUUGUCAGCGGGGAGAGGCUAAUCAGUGAUCCGGCAGGCGAGUUAGGCCGAGUCCAGGACUUUCUGGGUCUCAAGAGGAUCAUCACAGAUAAACAUUUCUAUUUCAACAAAACCAAGGGUUUCCCGUGCCUGAAAAAGGCUGAAGGCAGCAGCAAGCCCCACUGCCUGGGCAAAACGAAAGGGCGGACCCACCCCAGUAUAGACCAGAAAGUGGUGCAGAGGCUGCGGGAGUUCUACAGGCCCUUCAACAUGAAAUUCUACCAGAUGACUGGACAUGACUUUGGCUGGGAUUGAUGGUUUAAUGCUGAAGUUCUUGCCCAAGUUAAUCCUGUCAUUUCAGCUUGCUUCCCCCUAUAUAUGUAGAUAGGUCUAUAUGUAAAAUGUACAGAAAUCUAUUUUAUAAUAAUUUAUUUUUAAUUCUUAAGCAAUUAAUUCACUAAGCUGCCUAA